AUGAACAAUCAUUAGUCUAGUUCAUCUAACACAAAGAUUAUUAUAGUUGGAGCAGGAGGAAUUGGCAAAUCAACUUUCAUUUAGUAUUAUGUUAAUGGAAAGUACCUUGUCCCAAACUCAACAGUUUUAUGCGAUUUCUUUGUGAAAUAAGUUAAAUACAAAAGCGAGUAGAUAAGAUUAGAAAUAUGGGAUACAGCUGGAUAGCCAUAAUUUUAAAAUUUAAUUAGUCAGUUUUAUAGAAAUACAAGUGCUGCAAUACUUGCUUUUGAUAUUAAUAACAUUGAGUCAUUACGUAAACUUGAUUUUUACUUUAAUGAUCUCAAUAACUAACUAGGUUAGGAUGUCAUUAAGGUAAUUAUAUCAACCAGAUGUGAUUUAAAGGGUAUGAAAUAUGAUGAAAAAAACAACCCAAUUAAAGCUGUAAGUGAUGAAGAAAUAAAUUAAUAUGUGAAGGAAAAGGGUCUAAAAUAUUUUGAAACAUCUUCUAAAGCAGAUAUAGGAGUAAAAGAUACCUUCAAUUAUAUAAUCGAAGAAAUCUUAAAAAAGCAAUCAAUCGUAGGAACUGAUAAUACUCCAAACAAUAAUAUUUCUCUUAUAGAAUAAAAUUAAUCACAAAAACCUCAGUAAAAAAAAGAGGGAUGCUGCUCAAGUUGA